GCCUGCACUCAGACUAUCCAGGAGAUGUAUGGAGUAGGGACGAUACCUCUGACUGAGCUACAUAAUUUUUUUAAAACCCUAUUAGAAUUUAAGUCAGGUUGCGUCAUUUAAAUAUCUUUCCAUGAAUGAAUCUGACAUUAUUCUGUGUCAUUUCAAUCCUAUACAUUUAUCAAGACCUGUAUUGGAAUCUGCUGAGUGCGCUCACUGGAUGCUUUGGGCGAACAGGUGGCGCAUCUCCGGUUCCCUUAAUUUGUUAGUAGGGGCAAGACGCAGACAGACCGGACUUGGCGCACUUUGCCGGACGUUAAGCAUUUAAUUCCCGCCUCUAAGGUGGGAGAGGGACACGCUGCGUACUUUUAACAUUUGAUAAGAGAGCUGUGAUGCCGGUUGCAGACGGCGCCAUGGUAGUAGACAACAGCCACGGGUUAUAUGAGGGAAAGACCCCAAAUAGUGCCGGGAAUGAGAACAUCCUCCCGGCCUCAUGCAGUCCUGCGGCGGAGAUCCUGAAGAACUUCUAUCACACAAAACGGGUCGGGAACUAUCUGAUCGGGAGGAAGCUGGGAGAAGGGUCCUUCGCCAAAGUUCGAGAAGGUCUCCAUGCCAUGACUGGGGAAAAGGUGGCGGUGAAGGUGAUUGACAAACGGAAGGCCAAGAAGGACUCGUAUGUGACCAAGAACCUGCGGAGGGAGGGCCACAUCCAGCAGAUGAUCCGUCACCCCAACAUCACGCAGCUGCUGGACAUCCUGGAGACGGAGAACAGCUACUACCUGGUGAUGGAGCUGUGUCCCGGCGGGAACCUCAUGAACCUCAUCUAUGAUAAGAAGCGCCUGGAUGAGAGGGAGACUCAGAAAUACAUCCGUCAGUUGGUGCUGGCCGUUGAGCACCUGCACAGGGCGGGUGUUGUGCACAGGGAUCUGAAGAUAGAAAACCUCCUGUUGGAUGAGCAGGACAAUAUAAAGCUCAUAGAUUUUGGCCUCAGUAACUGCGCAGGCAUCCUGGGAUACUCAGACCCCUUCAGCACGCAGUGUGGAAGUCCCGCCUACGCCGCCCCCGAGCUGCUCUCCAGGAAGAAGUACGGGCCCAAAGUGGAUGUUUGGUCCAUUGGUGUGAACAUGUACGCCAUGCUGACUGGGAAUCUGCCGUUCACCGUGGAGCCCUUCAGUCUCCGAGCCCUGCACCAGAAGAUGGUGGACAAGGAGAUGAACCCUCUACCUCCCUCACUUUGCACAGCUGCCAUCUGUCUUCUGAAGAAGCUUCUUGAACCAGAUCCAAACAAGCGUCCCAACAUCCAUCAAGUGAUGGCAGAUUCCUGGCUACAGCUGGCCAACAAGAACACAGGCACACCGUACCUCAACAGGAUCCACAUUGAAGAGAUAAACCACACAGUGUUGCUACAUAUGACGGAGAAGAUGAACUACAAACACAGUGAGGUUCUGAGUGCCGUCCUCACCAACCGCGCCUGCCACACUCUGGCUGUCUACUUCCUCCUCAACAAGAAAAUGAAGAGACUAUCUAAAAAAUACAGGGAGAUGCAGUUCCAAGAAAAGAAGAAAGGAGAAAAGCAGAAAAACGAAUACUUCCAGACCCAGUGGAGGAAGCACGUCGACAAGCUCACCAUCCCCCCCAAGCAGACGCCCGUUUACCUGGCUGUCGCAAAGGGGCAAAGCAAGGAGAAAAAACACCGAACAGGUAUAUUGCGUGCCUUAACUGGUGGCCAUCGUAAUUCACCUCUGGCCCCACCCGGAACAGUCGCCUCUUCCUCCAUGGAAUAUCUCGAGAUCCAACCUCUCUUUUCCAACACACCUAAGCAACGGAGGCGCUUGGCCACCCUCCCACAAGUCAAUACGAGCCCCGAACACAACAUCCCUGCCCCGCCGGCACCGUCACCGAUCGGCAUGCAUUCCUUUGGCUCGCUCUCCAAAGCUGAGCAAAUUGAAGACACCCCCAGCUCGCCCUGGUACAAGCUGACCAACGGGACCCUCUCCCCGCCCCGCCACGUCUCUGCCUUCCAGCCCGACUCCUCCUACUUGAAGAAGGCCACGAUCCCGAGUCCUCCCGUCCUAAUUGUCAACCCACAGCCCAAGAAAAGCAUCUCGUCAGAUUGGGGCGCGUCUUCCGACACCAGCGGCAGCCCGCCCAGCACCAUAGGGAGCCCCCCAGGGAGCUCGGCAUUCAGCCCUCCGAAGUCCGCCUUCAGUGCCCUCAACCCCACCUCAGCAUUCAGCCCUCCGUCCAACAACAGCAGCAGCAGCGAUCCAGACAGCCCGACGCACCGUAGCAAGUUCCCCUCCAUGGGAAUCGGACAGAUCCUAAAGAAGAAAGUUCAACUGCAGCCGUUCUCCUUCCGGCCAGAACAAGUGGUUGAGGAAGUGGUGUCCCCCCCUCCUUACCCCAUGCAGACUCUCCUCUGUGCUUCAGGUGCACUUAAGACCCUUUGCUGAGGGGAACAUGGCAAGAAUACAAAAAAAGUAAAGACAGACUGAACUCAAGGCCCCUCUCAACAUUUGAUAAGUUGAAGAGGUCUUCCAGAGUGGCCUUUUGAACUGUGAACUGUCCCUUUAUUGCAACUGAGCCACUUUUCAAGACAGACUUGAAAAAAAAAAAAGAAGGAUAAAAAGGAAGUUUGAGUGACAGUAACAAAUUGUUUAUCUCUAGUCUCCACUAUCAUAAUGUAAUAAGAAGUGAUGACGCUGAGAAUAUGAGACUGAAAACGGAUCUUUAAGCAAUGAAUUAACCUCACUGUGGCCUAGAUAGAGUGGACAUGGGACGUGAACACACACACGCACACACACGCAAAACACUGUAUUAUAAACUGAGUUGAGAGGUACUCUCUUAUGUAAUAUUGCUGUAACUGGUUACUAAUUGAGCCGUAGACUGAUUCUCACCAGCUAACAGACCCCAACUCUUACCCUUACCUUGAUUACAUGUUUAAAUGUUUUGUCUGUGAAAACACUCUCUAAAAACCCGUUGACCUCCAGCCAGCUGCCACUGUAUCCUCAAAGCUGACUGGACGAUGAAGCUCACUGCACUAUUCCUUGAAACCAAAACCUGUAGUAACAAUACAUGUUUGUACCAUCUCUUACCUCACUGCAUUAUUCAUACUUUAAUGUAAAACAGCAGUCAAUUGUGACUUGCUUGUGUGGAUUUUGCCACAGUGUUGCAGUGUCCGAGCGUUAGUGCCAUUAGUAUCCACACACCGAGACAGAAAUAGACACAGAGAGAAGACUCGUCCUCUCAUCUUUUAUAGUAGUCUCAUAAACUAUCACUCAACACUGAUAAUAACUCACAGCUAUAACCUUUUAUAUACUAGUGUUACAUCAUCUCUACGACCCACAGAGAAACUGUCAAAGUCUUCGUUAUGACUUUCACAGCCCGUUCAUAGUAAGCUUUGAGAACAAAAAA